UUGAUCUGGCCGAGCGAAGCGGAACCAUCCGUGGAUCGGCUGAGAAGCGCUCGAACUCAAUUAAUUUCAACGGCCCCCAAGCGGGCGGGUUGGAGGGGAGCAGGAUCAUGUAUAGGUACGGCAAUAAGGACUGGACCAAGGACAGCGGGGCCAAAGACGGCGGGGCCAAAGAUGGCGGGGCCACGGAUGGCGGGGCCACGGACGGCGGGGCCAAAGACAGCGGGGCCAAGGACAGCGGGGCCAAGGACAGCAGGGCCAAGGACAGCGGGGCCAAGGACAGCGGGGCCAAAGACAGCGGGUUGAAGGCGGGUUUGGCGAAGGCCACCCUGGAGGUGUUGGACAGCGGAUCCAAGGGGGGUUCAGAGGACCUGGGCACUGGCGUGGUCUCGCUGACCUGCAAGGACAGCGGGAAAGACGCUACCGUUUACUCCCUGGACAGCUCAUUGUCAUCCUGUGAAAGUGACGAGGACGGAGACAUAAAAAAAGAAAAGAAGAAGAAGGUGAAGAAGAAGAAGAAGAAGAAAAAGGAUUCCAGCUCCUCUGCUUUCUCUUCGGACAGUGAGGAUGAUGAUAGCAAUGAGGAGUGUAAGAAGAAGAAAAAGAAGAAGAAAAAGAAGGACUCCAGCUCCUCCUCAUCAUCUGACAGCUCCUCAUCCUUCUCAUCCUCUUCAGACAGUGAAGAUGAGAAAAAGAAAAAGAAGAAGAAGAAGAAGAAGAAGAAGAAGAAGAAGAAGGUGAAGAAGGACUCCAGCUCCUCUUCCUCAUCUGACAGCUCCUCAUCCUCCUCAGACAGUGAAGAUGAGAAAAAGAAAAAGAAGAAGAAGAAGAAGAAGGUAAAGAAGGCAAAGAAGAAGAAGGAUUCCACCUCUGACAGUUCAUCCUGUUCUGAUAGUGAGGAAAAGAAGAAAAAGAAGAAGAAAAAGAAAGAGAAAGAGAAGAAACCAAAGAAGGAUGGAGGUGAGCAGGAGGGUAACGAUGACAGUGUCUGUCCUGGGACUUCUGGCACUGGUGAGGUGUGCACCGGAGAAGCACAGGCUACCAAAAAGAAGAAAGAGAAGAAGAGCACAAAGGAUGGAGACACUGCUGAGCUGGCUGGUGAGCUGGCUGCUGGUGGUCCAUGCCCUGAUCUGAAAGACCCUGAUGAGGGAGAGGGACAAAAGGAGAAGAAAAAGAAGAAGAAGAUGGAAAAGAAGGAUGCCAGCUCCUCGACCGACAGCUCCUCGUCAGACAGUGAAGAUGAGAAAAAGAAGAAGAAGAAGAAGAAGAAGAAGGACUCCAGCUCCUCUUCCUCAUCAGACAGCUCCUCAUCCUCUUCAGACAGUGAAGAUGAGAAAAAGAAGAAAAAGAAGAAAAAGAAGAAGAAGAAGAAGAAGAAGAAGGUGAAGAAGGACUCCAGCUCCUCUUCCUCAUCUGACAGCUCCUCAGACAGUGAAGAUGAGAAAAAGAAGAAAAAGAAGAAGAAGAAGAAGAAGAAGAAGAAGGUGAAGAAGGACUCCAGCUCCUCUUCCUCAUCUGACAGCUCCUCAGACAGUGAAGAAGAGAAAAAGAAGAAAAAGAAGAAAAAGAAGAAGAAGAAGAAGAAGAAGGUGAAGAAGGACUCCAGCUCCUCUUCUUCAUCUGACAGCUCCUCAGACAGUGAAGAUGAGAAAAAGAAGAAAAAGAAAAAGAAGAAGAAGAAGAAGAAGAAGGUGAAGAAGGACUCCAGCUCCUCUUCUUCAUCUGACAGCUCCUCAGACAGUGAAGAUGAGAAAAAGAAGAAAAAGAAGAAGAAGAAGAAGAAGAAGAAGGUGAAGAAGGACUCCAGCUGCUCUUCGUCAUCUGACAGCUCCUCAUCCUCCUCAGACAGUGAGGAUGAGAAAAAGAAGAAGAAGAAGAAGAAGAAGAAGAAGAAGAAGAAGAAGAAGGUGAAGAAGGACUCCUGCUCCUCUUCCUCAUCUGACAGCUCCUCAGACAGUGAAGAUGAGAAAAAGAAGAAAAAGAAAAAGAAGAAGAAGAAGAAGAAGAAGAAGGUGAAGAAGGACUCCAGCUCCUCUUCCUCAUCUGACAGCUCCUCAUCUUCCUCAGACAGUGAAGAUGAGAAAAAGAAAAAGAAGAAGAAGAAGAAGAAGAAGAAGAAGAAGGCGAAGAAGAUGAAGAAGAAGGACUCCAGCUCAUCAUCUGACAGUGAGGAGGAACAAAAGAAGAAGAAAAAGAAGGAGAAGAAGAAGGCGGCGGAUAAGAAGAAGAAGGACUCCAACUUCUCUUCAGAAAGUGAUGGUGAUAAAAAGAAGAAAGAUAAGAAGGACCCAAAAUGUCCCUCUUCAUCAGAUGGAAAUGAUGAUAAAAAGGAAAAGAAGGACUCCAGCUCCACUUUCACUGAUGGUGAUGGGAGAAAAAAGAGAGAGGACAAAGCAGCAGAGGAACGGGGCAGGGAUGGAGAUGGAGAGACCAAAAAGAUUAAAUUUGGAACGUGUGAGAUCCCUCCACCAUGUGAUGUGAAAGAGGAUCCAAAGGACACGGGCCUGACCUCGUGGAGAGGGAGCACAAGCACAAGAUUGGCGGGUUCCUCGUACAAAUCUGGGCCUGACCCCUACAGAGGGUCCAGCAGCAUGGAGAUCUUAAUGGGAAACCCGCCCCGCCCCAAAGUGAGCGAUGCAAACACGGAGGUCAGUACAACUGGGGCACAGGGAACAACUAGGACAGGCCUUUAUAAGUCAAGCGACAUUUUCAAGGGAUCAGAUCGUCCGUGAACAAAUGGGCCUUCUUUAUCCAACAGUAAUACUUAUAGCCUAAGUUGCAGUAAGACUUACAGUUAUUAUAUAUCUUAAAUACAGAACACUGAAUGGUUAAAAAAAUUGUAUGAUCUCAAAGUGUAAAACUGUAUCAACUCCAUUGGUAAAAUGUUGAAAUUGAACAAUAAAGAAGUCCUGAUCCUCCAACUA